GAUACAUCUUACUAGUUGUUUCUUAAUACGAAACUACGUUUCCCCUAACCCACUGCAACUUCCAGUGUAGUCCAAACUUACCAAGCCAAGUUUAGGUAGAAUAGCGUAACCCAUACUCACAGCCGCUGCCCAGGCUGUCCUGCUAUGCUAGGGUAGAUGCAGGAUAGUACUGGGCGGCAAGCAUCCUGUACACCUGAACAUCAGUGUUUCUUCGCUAGCCUUAGUUGAUCAGCGGUUACAAUGGCGUUUCAAGGAUUUACUCAACAGCCUGACAGCUUCGUUAUGGACGGCGGCUAUGCUGCUGGCUACGAUGGCGAGCACGGCAACCUCUCACCGCACGUUUCGCAGCAGCGGCAAAUGCUACGCGACCAGGAACAUAAGCAAGACCUAGCAAUCCAGAAAGCACAUAAGGCCUCCCGUUACGUGUUCCGCUCACUAGAGGACCUUCGGGCAACCAACCCUUCCGUGCGCGAUGGUCUGGACCCGGACAAGGAGCGCAUUUGGCGACGGCAAUACUGUAAACUAAUACAGGAGGCGGGCCAAGCAUUGAAAAUCCCCCAGUGGGCGAUCGCCGUGGGCACCACCCUCUGCCACCGCUUCUUCGCCGUCAAGUCCAUGAAGAAGAACGACCGCUUCCUCAUCGCCACCGCCUGCCUGUUCCUGGCCGCCAAGUUGGAGGAGAGCCCGCGGCAGCUGCGCAACGUCAUCAUAGAGGUGGAGCGGGUGCGGCACGCCAAGAACCUGGCGGCGCUGCGGGCGCUGGAUGACCCGGUUCACCUGGAGCGGGUGAAGGAGGAGGUGCUGCAGGCGGAGCGGGCGGUGCUGUACACGCUGGGGUUCGACCUCAACAUCGGCCACCCCUACAACGACCUGAUUCACUGGCUCAAUCGCGAGCAGUUGUUAACGGAUCUGCCCAACGAGUCGCCGUACAAACCGCUCGUACAGAACUCAUGGAACCUCGUCAACGACAGCCUGCGCACCACGCUGUGCCUGCAGUUCCCCGCCAGCAAGAUCGCGUGGGCGGCGCUGUGGAUGGCGGACCUGUUGAACAUCGACAACGGCACCCACUACAGCAAACUGCCGUGUGGGGCGGCCUUCUUCGACAAGUUUGAGAUACGACCUGAGGAGCUGGCUAGCAUCUGUGACCAGAUGCUCUCCGAGUACGAGCACUCCAAGCUAGCCCGUCUGAGCGCGGCCGCGGGGGGGCAGCCGCUGCAAGCCAUCAAGGCAGACAUGGAGGCAAGGCUG